GUUGCUACUUUGCACCGCCAGAGGAAGCAAGUCAGUUCUAGAAGAACAACGUUUUCAUGCAACUACGCAAUAAUACUGAUGGGCGGCCCUGUUUCAUUGCGUAUAUGAGAUGAAUCUCAACGAAAGGAGAUCAACGAAACUUGAUAGAAUUGCAUCAGCUUCGAGGCUUGCCCUUUACUUCUAUAUUCAUUUCUUGGACAGUUCUAGCUAGCUUAUAGAAUUACCAGUAGUGCUUUCAGCUAAAUGGUAUUGAUCUUCAGUAGAAGGCAAUCUUCAGCAUGCAUAAUGCACCGACUCAAAUGACUCCUUUUCGACUUACGAACGAAGUUGUACAUGUUAGGCGGAAAUCAGAGAGACACGUAGUAAAUAGAGGGGACGAUUGAACUGGUUUCAGAAAUGAAGGUUUUGACCAGGAUUUGCAGCCUGUGCUUGAAUAUGACGAAAAAUAUCUAUGGAGACAGCAUUUCAUUCAUUUCAUAUAGCUAUCCAUAAAGAUCUCUGAGCACGUCGACGGGAGUUGGCUGGCUGAGAGAGGUCGACGGGAGCUGAGCGAGGGGCAAAAGUAUUGAUUUCCUCGGCACCACCGCCACGCAUGGAAAGCAAGAGCAAAGAAGAAGAGAGAGCAAGAGAGAGAGAGAGAGAGAGAAAGAAAGAGGAGGAGCAGCCACGUUCGCCGAACAAAACCGGGGCGAGGAAGGCGAGGCCGGCAUUUGGCAACCACGUGGUGAUCAGUGUGCACGCACUCCUCUUCGGAAGGACUCAAGGAAGUGCUCCUUGGGUGCACUUCCGCACGUGCACUCUCUCUUUCCCCAAAGGAGAGAGUUUCGAGCUCAAUCACGACGCCUCUCUCUCUUGGCCUGCUCCACACGGCGAUGGUCAAGAAACCCUCCAAGCUGGUGAAGAAAAAAUCCUUCAAGCAACAUGGACUUCCGAGCGAAGAACUGGUCACGGUCAAGUCCGAUCUCAUUCUGCUGGCGCCAGAGGUUGAGCAGAUUGAGGCGAAGAAGCUUCAAGGAGGAAAAGGAAGACGGAGGAAGGUCACGGGUGACCUCAAGGAUCCCAUUACAGGAGAAGGAAGGAGCGAUGAGAGAGGCCUAUGUGGCGGGACCCAUGGCCGUCGUCUGCUGAAGGCCCUGACCAUCAUAGGGAAGAUCUUGCUCCUGGUUGGUCUCCUUUACCUCUUCAUCUGCUCCCUGAAUCUGCUUGCGAGCUCCUUCAGGCUCCUGGGAGGAAAGACAGCAAGUGCAGUAUUCCGCCAAUCGGCUCUGUUGAGCAACCCAGUCGUCGGCCUGAUGAUCGGCGUGCUGGUCACCGUCCUCGUCCAAUCAUCUUCUACCUCGUCAUCAAUCAUCGUCUCCAUGGUCGCUGCUCACUUUCUGGAUGUCAAAACGGCCAUCCCAAUAAUAAUGGGAGCCAAUAUCGGCACAUCCGUCACAAAUUCGCUCGUCAGUAUUGGACAAGUUGGCGACCGUGAGCAGUUCGAGCGCGCCUUCUCAGGAGCCGUCGUUCACGACAUGUUCAACUGGCUCUCUGUCCUGGUCCUCCUGCCGCUGGAGGUGGCCACGGGGUACCUCUACCACCUCACCAAGGCCGUCCUGGACGGCGUGACCUUCGAGAAGAACAACAUGAAGGUGGAGCUCCUGUCUCGCAUCACGAAGCCCUUCACCGAUGCCAUUGUGAAGCUGGACAAGACAGUCCUCACAGGUUGGACAAUGAACGACCCAGAUUACGAAAAUGCCACUUUGCUUCACCGAUAUUGUCCAGAUCCUUCCAAUACAACUGAGUACAUCACAUGUCCUAAUUUAGCAGCCCACAUUCCCUUGAGUGACACAGGUAUGGGACUUGUGUUGCUCACCGCAUCGUUGGUGCUUCUUUUGGUGUGCCUCAUUUCCAUUGUCAAGAUAUUGAGCUCUAUGUUGAAAGGAUCUGUUGCAGGUGUCGUGCAACAUGUGAUAAACGCCGAUCUACCUCGAGUCCCUUGGCUCACAGGAUACAUUGCAAUCCUAGCAGGUGCCAUAAUGACCUUCAUCUUGCAAUCCUCAUCGAUUUUCACCUCAACGUUGACCCCACUGGUUGGCCUGGGCGUCAUCAGCAUUGAACGAGUCUACCCGCUCACCCUCGGGUCGAAUUUGGGAACGACGACCACCGCCCUUCUGGCAGCACUAGCCUCCGACUCCUCCAGGCUUCAUCCAGCCAUCCAGAUUGCCCUCAUCCAUUUGUUCUUCAACGUCACUGGUCUGUUGCUGUGGUACCCUAUUCCCUUCCUUCGCCUGCCGGUCCGGUUGGCACUGGCCCUCGGCCGCGUCACGGCCAAGUACCGGUGGGUCGCCGUCUUCUACAUGCUCAGCACUUUCUUCCUGGCUCCCGUUCUGGUCUUCUUGGUGUCCCUCGGUGGCCCGGUGGCCAUGUACAGUGUCUUUAUUCCAAUCGUGGUUUUCAUCCUUCUCAUCGUUUUCGUCAACGUGGCCCAGUCCAAGUUCCCCAGGUACCUGCCCACGAGGCUUCAGACGUGGCACUGGCUUCCCCUGUGCUUGCGUUCCCUCGAGCCCAUGGAUGAGUGCAUCACGCGCCUCAUGUGCUGCAGGCAAUGCCGUACCCACAAGUACGCCCACGUCCCUCCAGUUGCUACCAUUCAUGCCCCUCCCUGCAUGGUGGUCGAAAAUGACCUGCCAAAGACGGUCGUCGUGAUCGAAGCAGAGAAGACAGGCGGCGUCUUGCCCGAGUACGGCCUCUGCAAAGAUUUGGGCACAAUCGAGGAAUGCAUCGGGGUGAGCAGGGAGAUGAAGGACCACGGGAUGUCCUACCCCGGCAUCUUCAUCCAGCAUGAAACAUCCGCCUAGGUCUAGGGAGGUCCACUCAUGCACAUGGUUGAGAGCCACAAAGGUUACUCUUUACUUCUAGGCUUAGUUUUCUUUCUCUCGGGGUACCAAGAUUACGUUAUCCUUCCCCCCACAAAACAUACCCUUACAGUCUUUGUAUCAACUAAGAUUGUGGGCAGUACAAAAGGUUGUUUGAAUCUUACUGCCUUUUGUGCGAUCCCAGAUUGUGAAUGAUACAAAAGGCGGUUGUCUUAACUAUGCCAUCUUUUGUAUCUUCCAGCUCUAAGGCUUCUGCAGAAGUUGAUCACAAGUGGAGCUUCUUUCACAGCCUUCAGAUUGAUGGACGAUACAAAAGGUGGUCUUGGUACCUUGCCAGAUUGUGAUGUAAGAUAUUUGUUAUGCAAUAUGGUGAUGUAUUGUGAUACAAGGCACACCAAUUUUUAUUGAAUCAUAGAUAAAUUCACUGAGAGAUAUUUUCUGAAGAGAUAUAUUAUAUAUAUAUACUAUAUUUGUUAGUGCUGUGUCUGCUCAAAUUCUAUCUUCACAUCAUAAGUGGAAGUCAUGAUAUACAUAGCCGCAUUAGUCAUUAACCAAUCGAAUUCUGUAUAACGAAAAUCUCUCAAAGAAAAUAAUUUCUGCAGUAAAAGGUAACAAGUAAUUCAAAAAAACAAAAUAGUUGACAAUACAAAAGGGAAAACAUGAAAAAUCAAACUUGCUCUAAUUACGGGAUGGAAUUUCAAAAGCACCGGGAAAUCACAGGCACUGAGUCGACGCAUGCGCCUGAUCACUCUAGCAAUACGAAUGACUCUUGUAUGUUAUACAUUAUCUUAUAUACUAUAUCCGACAUCUGAUAGAAUGCAGAUCUAGUGUUGUGUUUUAAACGUUCGUAAUCAUUGUCAAAAUCGUUUUGUCUAAUGUCGUCUUGGUGAUCCCAGUUGCGGUUCCGGUGACCUCCUUGGAAGGAUGGUCUGUGUUGACUCUCUAAAGCUUGCGUGCUUUUGCGCGCGCGUGUUUGUGUGUAUCUUGUUCUGAAUGGAGGGAAUUGAAUCAAAACCAAGUAUUUAAAUAUUCCCAAAAUAUACAAAUUGAAAAUUCUUUGGUCAUCGAAAACAUCUACUCAUAAAUAAAAUUCUGAGGAACAAAUAUCCUGUUAGAUCACAUAAUUUAAAAGAUCAAGCAUCCAUCCCCCUAUUAACAUGAAAAAUUCACCAAGCGAUGCCGCCAGUCUCCAGGAUCUAUGACUAAACGAACGCACCCUGUCAACACACACCAUUCGCUGAGGCGAGCUCAGGGUAAACGCUCCUAGCUGCUGGUCGUUGUAACUUACCCUUACAGCAAUAAAUAUAAGCAUCCCAGCCUUCGGUGUUUCACAUAAAGAUGACGAUCUAUCAUGAACCCACCACUCUCGCAUACAUAUGAAGACAUGACUAUUAACAUGAAACUAGAGCAAUACUACAGAUAAUCCAUAGAAGGAGAGCGAAUCAAGUCCAUUAAAUAAGCUAUGUAACCUCUUUCCCCAUUCAGGCUGUUCCAAUUUAGAGAGAAACAUUGCUGGUAACGUGAGACUUAUCAUUAGGUCUUCGAGUCGCGAACGCCAUUCUACAUAUGAUCUCAGGGUUAUGUAAAUGAUUUUGUCUAGAUGACAAAAAUAAAAUAAAAUUAAGUCUGAUUAGUGAAGGGUUGUCAUUCAUUAACUGUUAAAAAAGUAUUCAUAAAGUACUUUUAAAGGGCUUCAUUAAAUAUUGUUUACUUGGCCCAAAUAACUCAAGGUGACGUUGCUAUACCGUAUUCAUAAGAAAAACAUUUUUUAGUAAUGUUCUUCAUUGUUGUAUGCUGCAGUAGGAAUAAAAAAAUUUUUCUAUUGAAAUGUGUUUUAAGGUUUCAAAACACGUAACAUCCUUCAUUACAUAGAACAAAUAUUCAUUGUUUUUCAUGAGAAUAACUCAAAAUUUCAAGACUGAAUUUGCGUAUAUAUAUUUAGUAUCAUUAUGUCUUUUUAAAGCCAAACAAACUUAUCUCAUGACUUUUUUUUCAAUAUAUAGUCCACUCAUAUAAAAAAAGUUCUCUGUUAAGUAUCAUCUACAUUCUCGCACAAAGAUAAAAGUAAAAGAAAGUGUUCCAACGCUUUACGUUUCCAUAACCAUGCAUUUAAACUGAGAACCAAUACUCCGAUUCAUAUUAGAAUUUGCCGCCAUUGGCAGAGAGUGUGUUGAACUCCUCUCUCUCUCUCUCUCUCUCUCUCUCUCUCUCUCUCUCUCUCUCUCCAUGCCAUUCGAACGUUACCAUAGUGUAUCUCUUGGUGAACAGAAAUAUAGUUUGACACGUUUAGAGCUUAUCGAUACAAAACAAAACAAUGGAUGUACAGUAGCAGCUGAAUUAUGUAAACAUGAUUAGGAUGUAUAUGUAAAUGAUUAUACGUAUAUAUCGUAUAUGCAUGUAUGUAUGCGCACAUAUAAUAUAUACGUAUGUAUAUGCACGUCCAUAUACCAUCAUUCUGUAUAUGCAUGUAUGAUCGUUUAUACACAACGUUCAUGUAUAUGUGUGUAUAAAUAUGUGCGAAUGCAAGUGCACAUAUACAUGUAUGCAUGCUUAUACAUAAAUAUAUGCAUGGUAUCCGAAGGUAGUAUACGGUUCUUGCUUGUAAUGACUUUGAUCAAAAUACCGUGAAGUGUAAUCUGAGAAUUUCCAAUAAAAUACAAAUGAAAAAUUAUUAUUUUCAAUUAUUUGAAAUCUGUCAAUAAUAAGAAUGAUCAUGUAAAAUCUCGCAUUGUUCUUGAUAUCUAUGUCCAAGCUUUCAGUUCAUUUGUUAUACUGACUUCAUAAGAAGUAAUUAGAGGCCGCAUUGGACCGACAGUAAUAAGAUUAAGUAAAAGAUCGUAACAUGUUCAUCAGCUUCCCUUUUACGACGGACCAGUUGUUCAAUAUUCUUAAAGGAUAUUCCUAAUGUUCAGUGUUCUCGAAUUAUUAUCAUUGUUAUCAUUCAGAGGAUGAAGAACCCUAUUCACGUGGAACGCGCCCAAAGGGGCCAUUGACUUUAUAUUCAAGCCUCCAGAGAAUAUGGCGUUCGUUUGAAAGAAGCGACAGAAGGUAAAUCUUUCAAAUGAACAGUAUAUUCUCUGAAAGUUUGAAUUUCGACUGAAUGGCCCAUCUAGGCUUGUUCCUGAAUAAAAAUGCUGUUUUUGAGUAAGGAUGUAAACCUUCUUCCAUCGGAGAGCGCUUUAUAUCUGCCAUGAUGCUACGAAUAUUGAAGUAUGAGGAUUUUUCUAAUUUGCAUACGAUAGUCACACCUUAACUACUGCCUGCUGUUUAUUUUUAUCCAAAAAAGCUGUGUUUGUAGUUAUUCAGAUUUAUAUAUUUUUCUAAUAAAAUGCAUUAAGUCA